UCUUUAUAAUUAGGAAUGACGAUAUGGGCAUCAUUAUACAGUUGGCUUUAUGGCAUUUUACCGUGUCCCAGGCUAUACUAUACUGUCCACAGUCUACUGAUGACUGGAACAAGGCAUCUGUAUCUUUACAGUGCAGGGAACCAAACUACUACCAUUGUCUAAAGGACGAUAAUGGAACAUUUCAGCAGCUUUGCCUACAAAAAGUCUGGAUUCAAGAAGGAAUGUGUCCGGAAUACAAUUCUAAAGUCCGUCAAAUAGAUGUGUAUGAUUGUAUCUCAGACUUUAACGACUGCCCAACAGCAACCUUCUGGUCCAGUGCAGUAUAUUUAUGUAUGUAUUCUUGCAUGUUUCCGAUAAUCUUCAUGAUUCUUAUUUUCGUUUUAUUCUUGUAUGGUAUGAGCAGCAGUGUAAACACAGACCUAAAGAAUAGCGGAGAGAAGGAAAGGGACAACAUGGAAAGCAUCAUUGCAAUAGCAGCAUGUUCAGCUAUACUGAUUAUUAUCGUUAUCGUUCUACUAGUUAAUGUGUUUAUCUGGAGGAGGAGAAGAAUACGACGACCACAGAACAGAGAAAUUAGACGAAUUCACUCAAAUACUGAAGACAGAGAUACAGAAAACAAUCUACUUACUACGAGGAAUGAUGAUAUAGAUGGCUUUAUGGAUACAUACGGUAAUAACCAAGAAAUGGAAACUAUGAACAAGUUAAUUAUCGAAGGUGAACAGAUGCAUGUUCUUGGAAAGAAUGCCGGUACAGAUGCCGACCUACUAGAAGAAUAUGGAGUUUUAAUAUUGAUAUCUGAUGAUACAUCUAAAAAUGACUCGAGGAUUAAAUCUUUGGAUGAAACGGGGAGAUUUGGAAAGUCGCAAUACGUUGGAUCUUUCAGUAAUUGGGAUUUUGAAGAAGACGUCAGUUUAUAUUUAUUUCGACAUGCUUUGGAUGAUAUUAAUUCUUCGUAUGACCUGAAAGAGUUAACACAGAAAUUUCAGGAAAUGCACAAACAUGCAACACAAACUCCCAGUAGUUACUUCGUCCUUUCUUUCCAAACAGACAAAUGGAAGCGAUUUGAGAAAAAAUUAUCAAAGUAUUACUUUUUCAAGAAAGCAGUAAAUGAGGUCGCCAAAGCUAUUCAGGGGGAAAGAUGUUUUAAUGACGAAGGGCAUUUAAACUUAAAUCUCUUUGUAAAGUCUUCUGAAUUAUUGAUUAAGAAAAAAAGAUGGCGGCUGUCACGGGCCACAUUAUGGCUUGUCCACAGACCCAGAUUGACUGGAAUUCAGCCUCCUCUGUCUUUACUUGUACUCCUCCCGGGAACCUACCACUGCUUAAAGACAACAUCGGGUCGAUACAUAGAAAAAUGUCUGGAGAAAACAUGGAUCCCACCAGAUAUGUGCCCAGAAUACAACGAACAACUUAAUAUAAUGGACGUAGACAAAUGUUUGGGCGACUCUACGGAAUGCCCUAGAAACACAUACUGGUCAAACGCCGUCUAUAUCUAUCCAACGUGCUUUCAAAAAUCUCAGUCAAUACAGAAUUCCACCUACAUUACAUAUACACACACCAACGUCACUGAAGAGUCAUCCAAUUCAACCUCCUCCAGUAAUAUGACUACAAGAAGCUCUGACUUAGAUAUACAAACCCUCCUACCGUACAUCAUCGGAGGAAGUGUCCUGGUAUUUCUGAUCCUUGUGGCGGUGUUUAUAUGUGUACUAUGUCGGAGAAAGCGAUCAAGACACAAAGGAUGUAGGCAUGAAGUCCAUAUUGAAUAUAGGAAAACUUUGAGGCAGGAAAGUAUCCUCGAUGAUUUUAUUAACGCAGAGAUCGUGAACGGAAACGGUACAAUUGUUCGGAAUAGUUCAGCUGAUGUUGAAAAACAGCCUUUCUUGGAAAUAAAUCGCAAAUCUGCGGAUCAAGUGAAGAAUGUAUUUAUUUACAUUGGGGACGAUGAGGACAAAAUAGCGGAGUCAUAUGAACCUCUUAUUUAUGAGAAUAGAUAUGAUAAGUGUCAAUUUGUGAAGGGUAUGAACGAAUUUAAGGCAGACAUAUACACCAAAGUCUACUUCUUCCAGCACGUCUUUGCGGACGUUAAAUCAGCGACUCAGAUAGACGCCCUCCGUGAAGACUUUGAUAAAAUAUUCACAGCAGCAUCACAGCAACCUUCGUCGAAAUUUGUUUUGGAGAUGCCGUUAGCUGUGUGGACUGAGCACAAAACACAUCUACAGAAAACACCGUUAUUUCAUGAGAGAUAUAUUAUCAUAGUCUAAAUUAUUGUCACAACAAAGAGAGGGAAUUUUAUAGCAGUAUUAAAUACAAGUUCUACAAAUUGUCAUCUGUUUUAGGGAAACAGUAACUGUUUUGUCUCCUUUGAAAAUUACUUGCAGUUUCUUGAUUGAUUAAAAUGUAUUUUUAUCUGCAAUCCUUUUAUAUUUCACUACA